GUUGGAGUUGUAAGUUCCUUUUUUGGGGUAAAUUGGUAAUCGGCUCCUUCAUCCUCUUCCUUUCUUAACACGUAUAUUUUCCCCCAUUAACCCAUAUUGUUUCUCUCCACUCCAGUAGUACAAGCCAGAAAAUUCUAUAAUCUUCUCCUUUUCUAUGCUCCUCUCAGACUCAGAGACCUUGAAAUCAUUUUCUUUGAGAUUUCUCCAUUUAGUUCCAAGUCUAUGCUAAUUUCGUCAUUUCUCAAUAAAACAUCUAUGAAUACACUGAGAUACAACCAAAAGCUUGAAGACGAAGGAAAGAGAAUAUUUGUGGUUUAUGUACAUGUAUGUGGUUAUUAAUUUAACCCGUCUAUGAAGAUGUUCUGCUCAGAUACACAAAGUGCAAUAGCACUAAGUACAUUGAAUUGCCACCCGAAAAAAAAAUGUGAUUUAUAACAUAAACAUCUAUUGUUCUGCAACCAGAACCUUUGAUGAUACAAAUUGUGCACAUAUGAGAGAUGAAGUGAAAAUUAUAGGCAUGCCGUUGAAAAAUCCAUUUAAUUCACUCGACUUUCAUUUAAUCGAGUGUUAAAUCUGGUUGUGAAGAUGAUAUUUUUCCCUCUUGGCCUUGAAAGAUUACCUUGGGAUGCAUUGUACUAUAUGAAGUAGCAUGCUUUUGUUGCGUACUGGCUGUUGAUGGUUGUCUAACCCAAAAUAUAUUUACAGAAAAGAGAUAUCUAGAUGGGCAGCAGGUGUAUAAAUCAUUUCAGGCAACAAAACAACAGAAGCCCAAACUUCCAAGUGGCAUCCUCAAAAUACUUCACUAUUCCAUCCAUUAAUAAAAAAGAACAUUGAGAAAUUCACAUAAGCCAUGCUCAAUUUUGCCCAUGCUCUAUAUAUAUUUGUGAGUCACAACCUAUCUUAUCUUCAGAAAACAUACGCUAAACAUCCCUUGUGAGCAGCAUUUGUAUAAUAUACAAAAGUUGUCAUGGCUCUUCAUCAUUUCAAUCCAGAUAUGCAAAUCAUUAAUCCACCAUUCUCUGUAUUCAACACUGACUCAAGUUUGAAUUUCCAUAACCAGUUUCCUUUGCAAAACCUGAACCCCACUUCCUUGGAGAUGUCAAACGUCAAUUUUCAGAGCUUUCUUGGACAUUCCCAUGAACACAUUUUCAACCAAGCCCCUGAAUUUCAAGUAUGUUUAACAGAAAACUUCCCUGGAAAUUUUCAACAAGAUGACAAGAAUACUGUAGCUCUAGCUAGAGAUGAUAUAAAUGAAAGCAAGAAGAGGAAAACAAUAGAGACCCCAGAAAGCAGCUCCGCAUACUCGUCCCCUGCAGUUUCUUGGAGUGAGACCAAAAGAAAAACUAGUAAAGGAAAAGGAAAGAGAGUAAAGAGUGAUGAAAAGGAAGAAGAGAAAUUAAGGCAGGUGGUGCAUGUAAGAGUCAAGAGAGGCCAAGCAACUGAUAGUCACAGUUUAGCAGAAAGGGUUAGAAGAGGAAAAAUUAAUGAAAGACUUAGGUGUUUGCAAGACAUUGUUCCAGGAUGCUACAACUCUAUGGGCAUGGCAGUAAUGCUGGAUGAAAUAAUUAACUAUUUGCAAUCCUUGCAAAAUCAAGUUGAGUUCCUCUCCAUGAAGCUUUCUGCGGCCAGCACAUAUUAUGACGUCAACUCAGAGACAGAAAUUUUGCAGACGAUGCAGAGAGCAAAGGCAUAUGAAGCACAGAUUAUGCAGAAGCUAAAGAAGGAAGGAUAUGAAGGGGUGGCUUCUAAUCAAGCUGGCCCCUUAAUUGACCACAGUUUUGACUGCUAUCCCAAGUUGUCUUACAACAACUAAAGAUUCAUCCAGCAAUUUUCCCUUUUCUGAUCAAUAUAUCCCACUUAUGCAUACCUUUGUAAUUUUUGGACACAUGCAUUGAGAAAUUGGACUCAUAUACAUUUAUUAAGUCUCAGAAUACAAUUUUGUGUUUGGAAUUUCACCAAA